AGGGGAAGAGUCUCAGACAAACACUGGGCAGAAGUUCAGUACCAUUUCCUGCGAAGCAGAGCCGCUGAACAAAAACUAGUGAGAUUAUAGUCGUGUCCCCAGUGGAAGAUGCAUUAUUACCAAUAUAAGAAUGCUGAGGUGAGCUGCUGCUACAAGUACCUAAUGUUCAGCUACAACAUCGUGUUCUGGUUGGUUGGAGCUGCUUUCUUAGGCAUUGGGUUUUGGGCGUGGAGUGAGAAGGGCGUGCUGUCGGACUUGUCCCAGGUGACCCGGCAGAACGGUUUCGACCCGGUGUGGGUGGUUCUGGUGGUCGGCACGGUGACCUUUGUCCUGGGGUUCGCAGGCUGUGUGGGAGCGCUGAGGGAGAACAUCUGCAUGCUCAAGUUUUUCUGCGGGGUGAUCGGAGUGAUCUUCUUCCUGGAGCUGACUGCAGGGGUGCUAGCAUUCGUGUUCCAGGACACCCUGAGGGAGUGGAUCAGUGACUUCUUCCUGACCAACGUGAAGGGCUACCGGGACGACAUCGACCUGCAGAACCUCAUCGACUCUCUGCAGAGAACGAAUCAGUGCUGUGGGGCUCGAAACCCUGAUGACUGGAACACCAAUAAUUAUUUCAACUGCACAGACGACAACCCCAGUCGGGAGCGCUGUGGAGUGCCCUUCUCCUGCUGCCUGGCCGACCCUGCUCAAGCAGUUGUGAACACGCAGUGUGGCUAUGAUGUCAGGGCCCGGCCGGAACGAGACUGGAACACUGUGAUCCAUGUUAAGGGGUGCAUCCCUGCUCUGGAAGCCUGGUUACCCCGAAACCUCUACAUCGUGGCCGGAGUCUUCAUCAUCAUCUCACUGCUGCAGAUGUUGGGCGUCUUCCUGGCUCGUACUCUGAUUGGGGAUAUUAAGGCAGUGAACUCUGGCUUCCGAUACUGAGGGGCUGGCUGGAGCAGCGCGUGUGUGUGUGCGCGCACCCCUCCACUCUGCAACACAUGUGUUCUGGGCUUCACAUUCCCAGCUAGUCCACGUCUCUAGCCACAGUGUAGAGGUAACGAGCUCAGGUGUGUCUUAUUAAACACAUAAGAAAACCAGGAACGGAUCAAACUGCUAUGCAACGGAAGUAUUAUUUCCAUCUUUGAAUGGGUGUUACCUGUACACUGUGGCUAAUCAAGCUUGUAGUAAAACUUGGAGUGGGUGACACUGCCGUGCAACAGGAGCCUUAUUUCCAUCCAUGUAAUAUAAGAGGUUGCCUUUUUAUUUUGUUUCCGAAUCUCUCAGCUUUGCGCUGAUCAGCUUUCCACUCCACUGAGCCAGUUCACAUCUGCACAUUCCUUCGUGAAAUCAUUGAGGGAGAAUCAACACAACUGUACAGCCAUUUUAUUAGUUUAUACAACACACACACACACAUCCACCAACAGGACUAAAAGUAACGCCAACGUUUCAAGAUUAAAAGUUGGCCUCUAUUUUUCUAAAGUGAACACAACACCAAAAAGUGAGUGUGAGUAUUGUGCAGGGGAAGGGUCUGUUAAAGGAGUGGGUGUUCAGCUUGACGAGGUGUGAUCAGCGUUAAAGGUGAUGCUUGAAGAUGGCGCCCAUAUUAAAGAAUAGAUGCAAAGUUUGGGAAAGUUACCUUAAAAUUUGCAGAACUGCACAUGUGCGCCUCCAUAGCAUUCAGUACGCAGGAACAAAUUAGACUGUGACAACAGACAAGUUAAUUUUUGCAAAUAUAUACCCAUGGGAAUUAAAAGGGAAGCAACUCCCAUCAUAAAUAUCUGAUUUCGGGCCAUUACGUAAAAGCAGAGUUCCUAUCGAAUAGACCCCUGUCCUAAACAAGAACAAACAUCACUGCAGUUCCUUCUUUGUUAGUCUUAUUACUUUAAAACCUAUUUAAAUAAAUGGGAGAAGAUGAUGCACUUAAAAUCCGAGCCCAUUUUGUUUGAUGAUGCUUCUGCUAACUAACUUCGCCCUACAGCAUUAGCAAACGACUUCCAAAACCUGAACGCUCGUGUUUUUGGACCCAGAAGAAUUGGGGUUAUUUUAUUUUUUUGUACAUUAACCAAACAUGAUAGCUUCAAUUCUCUUGGUCUUGGCCUGAGAACAUUUCUUUAGCAGUGUACAGAGAGAGGUGCUUGCACUAUUGUAAAUGAUCUGCAGCUUUUAUUACUGUUCAUUGUAUUGCUUCUGAAAAUGCGUGUGUUUUGAUUGGGAUGUAAUCCACUUGGAGGUGCAUUAGGAGCCGGCUGUGAGAGAAACAUGCUCCGAUUCUGGGUUGAUGCUGUCUGAUUCUUUCUGUGAUGUGGCACCAGCACAGACCAGCCCUCUCAGGAACAUGUCACCAUUUUUGAGUAAUUCUUAUUUGUUAUAUUUUUUACUUAAGUAAAUGGUUUUUGUUUUUUUGCAUUAAAGGGAAUGUAACCAUCUAAA